GCGUCGGCGAAGGUUUGCGAUUCAAGCAGAGGGGCGGAAGUGAGGCUCGGGGGGAGGAUUUAGGGAGUGGGAUCGCCGUUGCCCAGAGCGGUGCCUUUGAGUCGCCGUGGAAUCGGGAGCAAGAGAAGGAAGCGCGGGGCUGCUUCAAGGAGCGAGGCAGCGAUGGGUCGUUACCUGAGAUAUCGCCCGAUUGCAGCCAAGGCCAAGAAAAUCCGCGAAUAUUGGGCUUUAAAAAACCGACCUCGCGACUCCCAGCGUUAUGCGGUGGAUUACGAGAAGAUGACCCGGGCUUUUACGGGCAAGCGUCUCCCUGUGCUGGCCUGGGAGGAUGUGAGGAACGAGAAUCGCCUUUUUAUGCUCCUCUCCCGAUUGCGCCUCUUUGGCAUUGGCCGCAUGGUCACCCGCAAAUCCUGGCUAUGGGAAUACGAUGAGCCUUGUUAUUGGGUCAUUACCAAAGUAAAAGUCGAUUAUACGGCUGAGAAAAUGGAAUUUGGAAAGGCUUGGGGAUAUCUGACAUUUAGAGGCAAGCCUGAAACCGAAGAGAAAGAAAUAGACAAAGUAAUGUACCACGACUGGCGCAUGGUACCAAAACACGAGGAGGAAGCCUUUAAGAAAUAUACCCCACCUGAGGAAGAGGAGAAAGUCCGGUAUGUCUUUUAUCCACCACUGCUGCGGGCCAUGAUCCUUGCGCAGAGACAGAAAGAAGGCAAACUGACUGAAGAAGAACCAAUCCUUGAUCUGGAGCCAGCUGCUCACCUCCUAAAUACGUCCCCCAGAAACCAAGCUGAAGGGACUCCAGUCUGAAGUCUUUAGGACUUUAGGAUACGGCUCUUGGUUUGUUACAUUCUCAGGUGUGAUCAUACAGCCCAGCUUUCCUAUUCUGCCUUGUACUUGGAGGAAGGAGUAUUAGGUAUGUUCGCCGCCUUGAGUUAUUUGUAAAAAUGAUAAAAGGAUACAAAUAAAUAAAAUAAAA